UGCACAGCAUAAUUCUUGUAAUUAAGCUAUAGGCUUCCUCUCAACAAAUCUAGUGGAGAGAGAGAGAAAGAGAGAGAGAGAGAGGGGGAAGCUUACGAUGGGGAGAGCUCCUUGCUGUGACAAGGCCAAUGUGAAGAAGGGCCCUUGGUCUCCAGAGGAAGACAGGCAGCUGAAGGAGUACAUAGAGAAGCAUGGCAUGGGAGGAAACUGGAUUGCUCUCCCAAAAAAAGCUGGGUUGAGGAGGUGUGGAAAGAGUUGCAGGCUGCGAUGGCUCAACUACUUGAGGCCAAACAUUAAGCAUGGGGACUUCUCUGACGAGGAGGACAGAAUCAUUUGCAGCCUCUUCGCUAGUAUCGGAAGCAGAUGGUCCAUCAUUGCCUCUCAGCUCCCGGGAAGAACAGACAAUGACAUCAAGAACUACUGGAACACCAAGCUGAAGAAGAAGCUACUUGGCCUUCCACUACCACACAGAAACAAUAAGCAAUUUCAUCACCAAAUCAAGCAUCAGCAGCAGCAGGCACAUGUUUUCCCUGCUUCAUGUAUAUCAUCUGCAGUAAUUGCAGAGCAGCUGGAUCCGGGCAUGUCAUUGCCACUGUCGCCCUCCUCUCUUUAUCUCUUCAACUCUGCAUCUGCUGCCGUGGAUUUCAACCCUAGUUGUGUCCCUCGAGGACCAGAACAUGACUCCAUCCUCAGUCGCAGUCUCAUCGGUUUUGAUCAGCAGAGCUGCUGCAGCUCAUCUGACGGCAACAGCUAUGGCUUGAGUGAUUGCUUCAGCCAAGUACUCUUGGGGACUACUGCCGCUGAGAAGCUGAUGCAUGGCGUCCGAUUCAACUUUGACUUUGAGGAUGUGAAACCUCAUUAUGCAUAUGAUUUGGACCGGAGCUUCAGCAACACGUACCAUCAGUGAACCUACCUGAGUAGAUGCAUGAGAUUGCAUCAUCCCUUCUUUUCUCAUUUUUUUUUGCGUGAUCAGUGGGGUGUGAGAUUCUUGUGUGACUUUGACAGUGCAGGGCUGGGUGACUUCGAAAUGUGGGAUUGUUUUU